CUUGUGUCUAGUUCCACAUUGCACAUAUAAUGCACAUUUAAUGUGUCCUGACACUAAGAUCCAUCAAACUGACAAGAUGAAGGAUUACGUUCAAAAUGCACCCGACUUCGUUAAUCGCAUUACUACCGUUGCUGGUUAGGAUAAUCGAUGUAGACCAUAGACCUAAGAUAAUGGACAGUAUAGCGGAUGAUCUAGGCUCAGAUGUAAGCGCUAUGCUAGUUUUCGCAUUGAUAAGUGCAUUACGUAGGAACCGGCAACGACAAUUGCGAAGGGAAGAUUUUAGAAGAUCUCUUUUAUGGCAGCACGUACAAGAACAACAAUUAAUGCAAGAAUAUUUGGGGCAGUUGCAUGUUGCACUAGACGGUCUUCCAAUCCGACGAAGAUGGUGGAUUAAACCAGGUUCUAGAAGCACAGACUGGUGGGAAAAUGUUGUACUGAGACAUUGGGACGAAGAUGACUGGCUGUCUAAUUUCAGGUAGGCCUAGGGCCUAGGUUAGGGGGUCGACACAUAUAUAGUCCUAGUGGUCAUCCGUACAAACAUUUUAAAUGUUAAUUUACAGAGUUGGAUAAGAAAAAAUACAUACUAAGAGGGCGAAUUAAUGAGUGUUCAAAAGUGGGAAUUACAAUAUUAAUAUGAUUGGGUCUACUACAUCGUACAACAUGAUUUACAAUUUUUGCAUGAAUUUGAUUGCAUUGCAAUAACCCCCCACAGUCCCCGGUGGAGGUUCAAAAUGCUUGAUAAAAUAGGUACAAAAUACAGAAAGCAUUUGUUGUAAUUAUUAUUCAGACAUUCAUAUUUAAAAUUCUGUUUUUGCAAAUGAGGUUUAUAUACCACAACUAUACCGGUUUGAUCAACAGGAAUAAAAAUUAUCAUUAUACUGUAUAACAGUAUUAUUAUUAUUGUAUUACGAUAACUUAAACCCAUGUUUUUGUGUAUGUUCAUUAAUAUUAUUUUAUUUUUUCUGAAGAUGGUCCCAAUAUUUGAUGAUUGUUUCUUUUUUUUUUUUUUAUAUUUCAGGGUGAACAAAGACACAUUUACUUUUAUAGCUGAAAUGUUAAGACCACAUAUUGAAAGGCAAGUCACCAAGUUGCGGUCCCAUUUUCAGUAGAGCAUCGACUAGCAUUGACACUUUAUAGGCUGGCCACCGGAAAUUCAUUUAGGUGCAUUUCCAAUCAAUUUGGGGUUGCAAAGUCUUCAGCCAUCGGAAUUUACCAUGAUGUGUGUCGGGCCAUCGAAGAAGUCCUGAUGCCAAAAUUUAUUAGAAUACUAGAAGGUCAGGAACUUUUGAAUAAUUUUGAGAAGUUUAGACUAAAGGGUGGAUUCCCACAAAUAGCAGCAGCCAUUGAUGGGACACACAUAAAAAUUAAAGCGCCGAGGGAUGAGCCAGAAGAUUAUUUUAAUCAUAAGUCAUCAUAUUCGAUUGUUGUUCAAGCACUGGUUGACUCUAAUGGUCGAUUUAUUGAUACGUUUGUUGGGAUGCCAGGGAGUGUGCACGAUGCACGCGUUUCACAAUAUCCUCAUUGUGAUCGUCUGAAAAACAAUCAACUUUUUAAACCUAACCCGGUAGAGGUGGUAGAGGGAUGCAACAUUCCACUUUUGAUUAUUGGAGAUCCGGCUUACCCUCUCCUACCCAAUUUAAUGAGACCUUUCUCAGGAAGGGGUAGACUGACACGUCCUCAAAACAAUUUUAAUUACAAACUAUCAUUGACCAGAAUGGUAGUUGAACACGCAUUUGGACGCUUAAAAGGUCGUUGGCGUCUUCUGCUAAAAGAAAAUGAGCAUGAAUUGGCAAACUUACGGCAUGUUGUGCAAGCCUGUUGUACCUUGCACAACAUUUGCAUUUCUAACUGUGUUCCAUACAGAAGUUGUUGGGAUGAAGGUGUUGAACUAAUUCAAAAUAAUGAAACUUGUAGACUGAUGCCCGCUGGAGAGGCAGAAAACAUUCGGCAAUCUAUUAUGGCAUAUUUAGGCAAUAUUUAAUAGUUAUCCGUAACUUAAUGCAGUUGUCUCUGCACUCCUUAGUGUUUUUCAUGUACAAAUUAUUUAGAAAAUAAAAAAAAAAAAACCAGAUUAAACUUAAAUAAUGUGCUUGUUAUUUUGAUGAUGGUAGAGUGACUGUUGUUGAUGAGUCUGAAGAUGUGCAGUAAGUUAUAAUGCUGAUGUGUAGGUAGGAAGAAUAUUUUCAUUCAAGGUGGCUCCAAGUUGAAUGGAGUAGUCAAUCUUCGAACGAACGAAAUAUUCUUUCCAUUGCCCUAUUAGACAAAUGGUAGAUUUUUUCAUAAAUAAGAAUCCCCAUUCAUGAAAAAGGUAGAUUUUUUCAUAAAAUAUCAAAUCAGAGGAAUCUAUUUUUGGUGUGUAAUAUUAUUACUAAUAAAGCAAAAUAAUGAAUGUUUGUGUUUCGUGAAAUGGACAGAGUAUUUUCAUUCAUUGAAUGAUUGACUGUUCCACACCACUUGACAUGAAAAUAUUCUUCCCAUUGCACUCAUAAAAAUUCUUUAUUUGUAUUUUAUGGAAUACUGACCAAUGAGGAAAUUUCUAUACAAACAUAAUAAAAAUGAUGUUUCAUUUUUUAAAUGGUAAGUAAGUAGAGUAUAGUUAUAUUUUUACAAUACCAAAGGAAAGUGUUUGUUUGCAGGCUUUCCUAUUCAUACCUGAAUUUCUUUUUAAAAACUUAUACUAAGAUGAACAUGAUUUUGAGAAGUAGGGUAAAGUGGGGUAAUUGGAACGGUGGGG